CCGGCUUUCAGAGUCAGACACAAUGAACCGUCAGACUAUGUGAGGUACGCAUGCUGGGCAGGCGCCACGUUCACGUUUAGCCAGAGUCGUUUUCCUUUUUGUUUGAUAUUAUUUUACAUUUUUCGACUAUAUUUAUCAACAGUCUUUGAGAAGGUAAAUAAUUGUCUAUAACGGGCCGUUUUCGAGCUUGUUUGACAAAACGAGGUCGAAAUCCGAAGCCAGUCGCUAACACGACUGAAAACAACAAGACCAUUUUUGUUUCGACAAUAGAAGGCUAACAACGUACGAUAAUGUCGUUAUCUGUGUACUCGGAUUACUUCGCCGCUGAAUGUUUAGUGUCGAUAUCUAGUGGUCCUGUCCUACAUCGACCCACCCCGGUAGCCCCUGCUGCCACCCAGCCCCGUCCACAGGCCCAGCUUCCCGGGGAGCCUGAAGGGUCGAACGAGGACAGGGAGGUGAGUGAGACGCUGAGACUUGAAGGGGCCAACAUGAUGACUGUGGCUGGAAUCCUUACCGACCUCCACGGCAAGUUCCGCCCCAUGUCGGCCUACUCAGAGAGCAGCAACUCCUCGUGCGGGGAAAGCGGCUACACCACGUUGUCUGACUCAACUACCCCCACUAUGACCCCCUCUGCCACUCCAAUUCCUGGACAGUACAAUGCCACUCAGCAGCAAUGGGGAGGAGGGCCGCCCCGGUCCCCUGUGAAACGACAUCAGUGUACUUUCAUAGGGUGUGACAGAGUUUACGGGAAAUCAUCUCAUCUGAAAGCGCACAUCAGAACACACACAGGUGAGAGGCCCUUCCCCUGCACCUGGCCAGACUGUGACAAGAAGUUUGCCCGCUCGGACGAGCUGGCGCGUCACACUCGCACCCACACCGGAGAAAAGCGCUUCUUGUGCCCACUGUGCGAUAAGCGCUUCAUGCGCAGCGACCAUCUGAUCAAGCAUGCCCGCCGCCACCCCGACUUCCAGCCGUCUAUGUUGGGGCGUAAAAGCUGCUCUGGAGGUCAGGGUGGGGCCUCCAGCCCCUCUCUGGGUCAGUAGGAGGAGGCUUGAGCCUGGUCCUGGGACCUGAGGUCUGCUCUGGUCAUACAGAGUAGUCCUUACCUGUGCACCUGCCAAGCCCCAGUUCCACUCAUUCACCAUCACUCACCCCACAGGACCUGGCAGGAGGGCCGAGGAGUCAGCCCACCCUCCCAUCGCACCUCAGAAAGAAGAGAUCUUGUCUCACCUGACCUCGUUUUCACCACACAACCUCAUUCUCUCAAAACUUUAACAGAAAACUCUCAAAUGCAGGGAUUUGUCCACACAACACACAUACACACGCGUCAGCCAAAUGUUUUUCCCUAUAUUUUGAUGUCAUUAGAAAUAUGGUAUGAGAUCUUUUAAUGUGCACACUUUACCUUCCUUGAUAGUGGCCCUUGUGAGGUAGUGAGGCAGAGUUGACUAGAGGCUUUUAGCAGCUUGGCUAAAUCCAUGUUUAAGUUUUAGAGUUUGCACAUUCCAUUAUUAUUAUUAUUAUUAUAGUUUUUCCUUUUAGUUUAAUUAGUUGCCAUAGUUAUGUUUCAAAACAUCCAGUUUUGCAAUAUGUCCUCCAAUUACUAUCAUUGUGAAUGCUGGUCCCUUCCAUUGUUGAGACCAAUGGACCACACUAAUCCAGAAGUCUCCAUCUUUCCUUCAUCAAUGAAAUGCUGGCACACCAUAAAUCUAGUAGUAUGUCAGAGACCGAUGCAAAUGUUUAAUAAGCUUUAAGCUUUUAUUCUAGAGAUAUCUUUAAAAAAUACUAUUAGCACGAGUAAUACUUGUGAUGAAUUGUAGUCCUUAUAUUAGGGGUGACAGAUUAUAUGCUUGGAUAGGAUAGUGCUGCUUGUGAGUUUUUGUGCGCGUGUCUUAUUUACGUUUUUGUUAGAGAAAGAAAAAUUCUGCUCUUCCCACUGUGUCCAUUUUAUGGACUCUUAAUUACUUUAUCUCAGUGAACAACACUUCAGGAAACUCAAAGCCUUAAACUAUUUCAGACUUCUUUUGCACCAUGUUUACAGUCAGAUCAUUUCUACAGGUAUAUGCCAAUGUUGGCACAUUUACAAAUACACAUAUAUGCAAUAUGGCACUUUUUCUUACAGGUGUUGUUUAUAAUUCUAUUUGGCUAGUAAAAAAUUGCACUGUGUUGAUGUGCUUCAAGUGGACACUGUGGAAUUUGAUGCAAUGUGUGCAUCUCUCAUUGCCAGUUGCUUUAGAAAGCGUGAUGCAGAUAGCUUUGCAUUAUGUAUUAUUUAGAUUUUAUAGAUGUUUUUGCUUUUAUGGUCAUUAAGGUCCUCUCCUCAUUGUAAUGACUUAACUAUGUAUCUUGCUUUUUUCAUACUUCAUUGGAACACACUGUAUUUACUUCUUGAAAAGCUUUGUUUCACAACUGUCAAACGGUAAGACUGCGUCAAAAGUCACCCCAGGCCGUUUAUUCCCUAGAUUGGUGGAUUUUCUAAAUCCCAUGAUUCAUAUCUACAUGACACUGUAGUGAUUCAUAUCUACAUGAGACAUGAGACACAUGGGGUGAUAAAAGCCAGGGCAUGUUAUUGUCCAGAUCUUAUGGCACCUCUUCAUACUCAAUGUCUUCCCUUGUCUUAUUCCAGACCAACAUUCAUUGGUGACGAAUGAAUCUGAUUUCAUUGGUCACUUUCCUGCAUUUGUAGACCACUGCUUAUUGAUAAAAAUGUACUCACCCAGCAAGUACAUUCUUCAAGGAUCUUGAAAAUCAGUUGACAGUUCUGUUGGUAACUGCUGGCAGUUAUCUUGACAUAAAUGGACUAUUAAACUGUCAAACCACAACAACACAUGACCUAGUAAAUAUAUACGUGUCCUUAGAUCUCACUUUACAAAUGGGUUUGUGUUUGCCCUUGUUGACUCAUCAAAGUAAGAAUUUCACCAUAGCAAACGUUUUACCUCAAGAUUUAUAUUUAGAGUGUUGUCUUCUGUUGGUAGCAGCUCCAUUUGCAAUAGGGCAUGUCAAUGAAUCCGGUCCUACCUUUAGAGAUGAUCCCAAAGCCAUUGAGCCUUGGAUAUUGGAUACUUUUGAUCCUCAACUGAUACAACAUCCAGCAAGGGAUAUAAUUUCUGUUCUUCCAGCACAUUCCCAUGUAUGCAACGUUGUUCUGUGCUUUGCUCUGUUUUGGACCUACCGCAAUAUAUUUACACCUGUCUGGAUAUUCAAUAGGCCAUUUGUGUUGCAAACCACUAUAUCUGGCUUUGGGUACAAACAUUUCUAAGACUUUCCUAUGCUGCGCUGCCUUGCUGGAGGCACAACCUGCUGUGGUGUUCCACCCUCCACUAAUUCAAAUAUGCACAUUGUUUGUACAGAACAUACUUUUUUAGAUUGAUGCCUAAUUCUUACAUUAAUGAUGCAAUUUUCUAUCCUCUUACUCAAGCGUUUUGUCUAUAAGAGGAACUGGAACUAAUUUAAUACUUGCUCCAACGUACUGUUUAAUAUUUAUGCUCUCAGGUGUCUUGAACUCAAACCUGGGAUUUCCAUAUUACCUGUGCAACACCCAAGUACAAGUGUGUUUUGUUUCUGUUAUUUUGAUUAAUUUAUUACAACUAUAAUUUGUGUGGUUUAAUUAUCUUUUUCAUAGCUCAUAGUUAUUUUGGGGAGGGGGGGGAUAUGGAACACUACAAAAAAUGUGUUUCAUUGUUUGCUUGAUAUCAAACUGCCGGCGCUUUUUUUAAUAAAUAAAAUUCUUAAGUUGAA